AUGGGUCCCAGCGGCGUCAUCACGUCGGAUCCAACUGUCACCCCAAAUGCAAGUCCAUCGCAAGAGCCUAGCCUUGCUCCGUCUGACCGUCCCUCGAUGGGUCCCAGCGGCGUCAUCACGUCGGAUCCAACUGUCACCCCAAAUGUGAGUCCAUCGCAAGAGCCUAGCCUUGCUCCGUCUGACCGUCCCUCGAUGGGUCCCAGC